AUGACUGGCGCCGCCGGCAAAGAGCAUACCGACGACCACAUGGGAUUUGGUGAACACAAGCGAGUCAGAGUCACCAGUUUGACAAAAUUGAACGUCACCCUGUGGACGGAUAGGGUGUUCGUACGUGGUAUGGGUUAUGGUGUCACCGUCUUCAAUUUCAUGCCGGAGAACGGCAGUGUCAAGGAUAUCCUUUUCCCCUCUGUAAUACCCAGACCGCUGCCCGUGAAUGAACAGCGGGCCGAACCACUCACGAUCAGCUUGUUUGAAGGUCUCGAUAUCUCGGAGAAAGUCCUUCAGCUCGCACAGGGUACUGGUCAUUCUGGAGAAAGCUUUGGCCGCACUUCGGCCGCAAAUAGACUCGGUGUCGCUCCCAACUCGCUGAAUUUGACACAUUCCUCAUUCUCUUCCAUCGCACGGAUUGUAUCUUUCAGAGAUGUGGUCUUCUCUUUGACAGCCAUACGACUCAGGGUGUUGGACCUGAAGCUCCGUUCUCAUAUUGUCGUCUGGCGCGAUCCCUUCUUAACACCACACUCGGAGCCUCUUGAACCUCUUGACGGGGGCACAGUCCGGCCCGGUCUCGCUCGGGUUUACGUAGUGAAAGCAAGUGAGUGA